AUGGAAUACAUGACUCAAUACCGAACUUUAGACAUAACUCUCAUCUGCUCAGUCCUUAUGCCAUGCAACAGUAAGACAGGCGAUUAUAUCUAUGCAGUCGCUUCCCUCUCUAGUUCGAAUCGCAUUUUCUACAAAGACAGAACACCGGUCAAAAAAUACGGAUUAAAAUGGAACCAUCCCAUGAAGCUCAACAUUCUUGAAUCUUCGGCUCAAAAAAACCAACUAACCUUAGUUGUCAAGAUCAAAUCUGUUGGCCACGGGCUACGUUGGGACAAGAAAAUCGCUGAAGUUAAAAUUCCUAUUAAAGAGCUUUUAAACGGCCGUGCAACAAAACAAGGUCGUAUUUACAAUGUACUUGGACGUUAUGACGAAUAUCAAGGAUACUUAAAAUUUACUUAUGAGUUUAGCCAAACACGUAACGCAAUUCAACCACAACCGGUUUAA